AUGGCGGCGAUGGAGGCAAUCUCGUCCUCCGCGACGGCUCCCGCCACCGCCACCGCCACCGCAGCGGCUCUCGGGGAGGUGGAGGAUGAAGGGCUCCUGGCGUCGUUGUUCCGGGAUCGCUUCCCGGAGGCCCAGUGGCGGGAACGGCCCGACGUGGGCCGCUACCUCCGGGAGCUGAGCGGCUCCGGGCUGGAGCGGCUGCGGCGCGAGCCCGAGCGCCUGGCGGAGGAGCGCGCCCAGCUGCUGCAGCAGACGCGCGACCUGGCCUUCGCCAACUACAAGACCUUCAUCCGCGGCGCCGAGUGCACCGAGCGCAUCCACCGCCUGUUUGGCGACGUGGAGGCGUCGGUGGGCCGCCUGCUCGACCGCUUGCCCAGCUUCCAGCAGAGCUGCAGGAACUUUGUGAAGGAGGCCGAGGAGAUCAGCUCCAGCCGCCGGAUGAACACCCUGACCCUAAACCGGCACACGGAAAUCCUGGAGAUCUUAGAGAUUCCCCAGCUCAUGGACACCUGCGUCCGGAACGGCUACUACGAGGAGGCCCUGGAGCUCGCAGCCUACGUCCGCCGGCUGGAGAAGAAAUAUUCCUCCAUCCCCGUCAUCCAGGGCAUCGUGAACGAGGUGCGCCAGUCCAUGCAGCUGAUGCUGAGCCAGCUGAUCCAGCAGCUGCGGACCAACAUCCAGCUCCCCGCCUGCCUCCGCGCCAUCGGCUUCCUGCGGCGCAUGGACAUCUUCACGGAGGCCGAGCUGCGGGUGAAGUUCCUUCAGGCCCGAGACGCUUGGCUCCGUUCCAUCCUGACGGCCGUCCCCAACGACGACCCCUACUUCCACCUCACGAAAACCAUCGAGGCCUGCCGCGUCCACCUGUUUGAUAUCAUCACCCAGUACCGGGCCAUCUUCUCGGACGAGGACCCGCUGCUGUCCCCCGCCCCCGGUGAGCACGCCGUGAACGAGAGCGCCAUCUUCCACGGCUGGGUCCUGCAGAAGGUCUCCCAGUUCCUGCAGGUGCUGCAGACCGACCUCCGCCGCGGCGUCGGCGGCCGCCUGGACUCGCUGCUGGGCCAGUGCAUGUACUUCGGGCUGUCCUUCAGCCGGGUGGGGGCCGACUUCCGGGGCCAGCUGGCUCCCGUCUUCCAGCAGGUCGCCAUCAGCACUUUCCAGAAGGCGAUCCAGGAGGCGGUGGAGAAGUUCCAGGAUGAGAUGAACUCCUACACCCUCAUCUUGGCUCCGGCCAUCCUGGGCGGCAGCAACCUGCCUGCCGCGGUGCCCGUGACCCAGCCGGGGACCCUGCAGCCGCCCAUGGUGCUCUUGGACUUCCCACCCCUGGCCUGCUUCCUCAACAGCGUCCUGGUCGCCUUCAACGACCUGCGCCUCUGCUGCCCCAUAGCCCUGGCGCAGGACGUGACCAGGGUCCUGGAGGACGCCCUUGCCAAGGUAACCAAAGUGAUCCUGGGCUUCCAUCGCGCUGAAGAGGCUGCUUUCACCAGUGGGGAGCGGGAGCUUUUCAUCCAGUUCUGCACUGUCUUCCUGGAGGACCUCGUUCCUUAUUUAAAUCGCUGUCUCCAAGUCCUCUUUCCACCAGCUCAGAUAGCACAGACCUUAGGCAUUCCACCCACUCAGCUCUCCAAGUACGGAAACCUUGGGCAUGUCAACGUCAGCAUCGUCCAGGAGCCUCUCGCCUUCAUCCUGCCGAUGAAAGAGAUGGUCGUCUGCCUGGAUGAAAGGGAGCCAGUGCCAGAGCUCACAGCUCCAGCUCCAGCUCCAGCUGCAGCUCCAGAACCAGAACUCCCAGCCGAGGAGUCAAGCCUCGAGCCCAUCACUCUGGUCUUCCCUGAGGAGGGGCAAGAGCAGGUUGAAUCAGCCGAGCCACUGCAAGCAGAUGUGCCCAGUGAGAGCACUUAA